AUUUGCGCUAAGUAGACGCAGAUCGCUAUCUAGUGCGAAAUACGGUCUGGAAGAGCUUGAAUAGAUGCCCUCAUUCUCUCCUAUAAGGACGCAGAAUAUAAUAGCAUCACCAUAAACAAGAUAGAGCAAAUACUGACCUGCCAAAGUACCACUUCUAACCGUUGAACGCCAAUCUUGAUCUAUCAGAUUCCUAAGUCGAUCCCUAAAUCACUCGGACGGAAGGGCAGCCGGUGUCGCAUUUAAGUUAAGUUCAAUAAGUGAACCGACUUAACUACCUUACUUACCUACUACUAACUCACUGACUGACUGACCUGACCAUUAACCUCCAGCUGCUAUGACCUCGUUGCCAGCAGUGAAGAGCUUCUUCUCCUACUGACUACCACUUCCCGCCAUGUAGCCCUGUCUACGCUGCUCCGGAUAAGAAUGUCUCUACCCAAACAGACCGUUCCGCAUCUGUCGGCAUCGUCAUCCAAGCAAUCUCUCCGCGCAUCCAACAACACAGUGCCUCGAUCGCGCACGGGCGCUGUAGAGCCACACGCGACCUCUUCUACUCCAUCUGAGUCCGGUCCAGCUGGUGAGCUUCAGCUUCAGCACCAGCACCAGCACCAGCAUCACGGGGACGGCGUGAGCUCCGAGGAGAGACGACACAGUUUCGCAUCCUCCCAACAGCCACAGUUCCGGCCGUUCUUCACUCUCGUCGAAGACACCAACGCCUCUGAACAUUACCAUCCUACAGUACAUUACAUCUUCUCAGACGAUGAUACGGACAUCGUUACGGAGGCGGCGCUGCGCUCGCUAGAGGCAGAUCAUGGCAUCGUCCCACCGGUGACGACAGGACAGGAGGUCGGCACAACGUACGAAGGAGACCCCGAGCUCGAGGACAGUCGGCAGUCGGAUGUCAGAAAAACGUCCUCCCUGCCACCGCCCAUACCGGGCGUCAGGGAGCACUAUAUCAUCUUGGACAUGGAGCCGACGAACCCAGAGCAGCUACAGAAUCCGGAUCCCGCCACUGGAGGCGGACCACCAUCGCUGUCGACCUCACCAGCUGCACCGCAGCAGCAGCAGCCUCCGCCUCAAUUCACAGUCACAUCCGCCCAGAGCCUUACGCCCGCCUGGCAGGUGUUGAAAACGCAUCUGACGCCUGCCCCCACGUUCGACACCACCACAUCACCGGGCGACCAGCAGCAACAGCCCGGGUUGUCCAGCGGUGUCAUGCUGAAGAUCGAGGGCACAUCCGGACAGCCGCGGGAACCGAUCCUGCGGGAUCGAGAUAGCAAGGAUGGCGGGCAAACACUCGAGGAGAUGAUGGAGCAGUUUGAAAAGCGCAUGGGCGAGUUGCGGCUCGUCAUCGAGGCAGGUGGCGGAUUGCCAGCCCACGAAGGCCGCGGCAUACAAGAAACAGAGGCAGAGGGCGAAGAAAAUACAGAGCAGGAACCGCCUGGUCAAGCUAGCCCGGAUCCAGCCCAGCAGAGCGAAGAACAGGAGACAGAUCGACCCCAAUAGACCGAUUUGUUCGAGCUACUCUAUAGGAUAGAUUUACGGUGUAUUCUACAUAUUGUAUGACGGCAUGGAACUUGACCUCUCCUCCACAUCUAAAGAGGUGAGCGAGGCUUAACUGGGUCAUUCAUUCGUAUAAACAUUACGUUCUCCUCUCUCUGCAUAUUCCUGGGUUGAGAAACAAACUACGUUAUUGACGAGACAUGAUCACUCUCGUCCUCGAUUCGACCAGUAGUACAUCUUUAUGAGCCGCCCGUAUAUAAAGGAACAAGGCUU